AUGGCGGUAAAUCGAGUCGCACCCGAAACGUUCCUUGUGCCACCAACAGCUCAUUCACCGAAUUCGACAAUCCCAGUUAUUGUGUAUCGGAAUGCACUGAUUGAUAAAACACUAGAGGGUGCCCUUGCCGCUAUCGAAACGAGUCAGUGGGUGAAAGGUGGCCAAUGGAAGAUCUCGAAAGAAACACUGGCAGCCACUCCACACUAUCAUUCAAUUGCCCACGAGGCGUACACGGUCUUACACGGUAGUGCUACGUACCUUCUAGGGAAGUCGCCUCUCGAUCCAGAAACAGAUGGCGAUGGAAAUCCUGUCGGCGUUGAAUUCGUUUCUCGAGCUGGAGAUGUCUUUAUAUUUCCGAGUGACCAGAACUCUGUUGAAAGGCCUUUCGAUUCCGAGCUUGCACUUGAUUCGCCGGUAGAAACUGAAAAAAGCGUUACAAAUGUGAGCUUCUACCAAUACCAGUCUAUGAUCCUAUUUACGGGAAGAAUGGGCCAAUGCAAGAACUUUGGUCGAGAAAUUGAGUGA